CUCUACUGGCUGGACCACGCCAAGACUGAGAAGCACCGCGCCAUCGUGCUGGCGGAGGAGGCGGCCAAGGCGGCCAGGGCGGCGCACGCGCAGCAGGCGGGUGGCAACAGGGGCGGUGGUGGCAACAGGGGCGGCGGCGGCGGCAGGGGCCGCGGCGGCCGCAGGGCGCAUGGCGGUGGCAGGGCGCAUGGCGGCGGCAGGGCGCAUGGCGGUGGCAGGGGGCGCGGCGGCCGCCUUCACCACUGA